AAUCAAUCCCGCUUUGCGACAACAACCACCUUCCACCGGAGAGUCUUGCACCCGCCCUUUCGCCUCCCUCCAAAGAAAGGAAAGGUAAGUCCGGUCAGUGUCGUUCUGGUUCUUUGUUGCGACCCGUCCUUAUUGCUCUCUCGGUGGAGGGUGCAUCACCAAAUAUCGCCCGUCAACAACCCCCGAUUGCCUGCGUCACCGCCUCGCCGAGGGGUUCUUAUCAACCACGCACGGUUCUUGAUUUGCGCCAGCCACCACCACCCCAUGAACCCGUAAGUUGAUCGAAGCGGGUGAUUGGAAGUGCGGUGCCUCCAACGCCAGAUUUUUUUCUGGUGAUAGACUCAUUGUUCUCGCCGGUGGUCCCGCACGCAUUUGCUUUGCGGCCCGCCCGGUGCCCAACACGGGAGGAAGAUGCCGGCCGCCGACGAUUCACCCUCUAAGGGAAAGGAUGGAAACCGGUCUGAGCAGUACACUAUCGAGUACUACAAAGCCCAAUAUGAGUCCAUUCAGGAGGAGCUGCACGACUUUCAGCUCUCCAGCACCGAGCUGGAGGCUGAAAUGGAGAAGGAGAUGGAGGACAAGGAGAAGCGUGAGCGACAGUUGAGGGAGAAGGUUGACAACCUGCGUUACGAGGUAGAGGAGUGGAAGACCAAAUACAAGCAGUCAAAGACCGAGGCGAACAAUGCGCAAAACACUCUGCAGAAGGAAAUCACCUCCCUGCGUGAUGCUAAUCGUACUUUACAAUUGAAGCUGCGUGAUAUUGAAGUUGCCAACGACGAUUACGAGCGACAAGCCCGGAACACUACCUCGUCCCUGGAGGACCUGGAGUCCAAAUACAAUGUCGCUAUCGAGCGUGGAGUCUUGCUGGAAGAGGAGAUCAGGACUGGGGAGCAAGAGCGUGAAAGCUUGCGGAUUGACAACCAGCGUCUAAGAGACGAACUGUCUGACCUUAAGGUCGAAGCCGAGAUCGUCCAGGAGAAGCUGCGACACACCGAGGGUCAUGGGUUCCGUCGUCGCAAGCCAACUCCCUUGUACCGCAGCCCAUCGACUCCACAGACCCUGGAGAUUUUUGAUCGGUCUCCUGGUACGAUUACUUCAUCUCCCGUGUUUGCGACCCCUCCAGCCAAGUCGACCUUGGCCUCUUCGACCGCAACUCCUCCCUCGCCGCCCAUCUCCGAGGCCUCUACCAAUUUCCGCAAGUCCAUCAGCGCUACCCCCACAUUCCCUCGAACCCGAGCAACUGGUGCAGAACCAAUCAACUCGCGGACUCUGCACAAUGCGCGAACCCAGCCAGCUCGGCCUACUCCUCACUCGCGCGCUUCGUCUCUUGCUUUCAGUAAUAGCGGCUACAGUAAUGGAGGUCGCUCUACCCCCUCCAUGUCUUACUCUUCCCGCAACAGCCUGUCCCGGUCGACCACCUCUCGGCCUCCCGGUCUUCCCAAAUCUGGCUCACUGUACCAAAUCCGAGGCCUGAUUGGCAAGAUGCAGAAAUUAGAGGAACGCGUUCAGUCUGCCCGGUCACGUCUCCCAGCUCCCUCGGAGACCUCUUCUCGAGGAUCUCCCCGCUCUCGUCAGGGUUCAGUGAUGGGAGAUAGUCCCGUGCCAUCGACCAUCACCGUGCGGAGAAACUCUCGCAAGCGAAUGAGUGGCAGUAGCUUUGGCUCGUCCGUUCGCGAUAGCGAAAGCGCCCCUUCAUAUAUCCCUCAGGGCCGCCAGUCAGUCGGCGCUCGUACCGGUGAUAGUCGGCCGAGCAGCCGAACGAGCUACUCCAGUCGGAGCUCGUUCAGCCAGAGUGUACAUUCCGGAGUGCCAGUUGGUCGCCCCGAAAGUCGGCAGAGCCGCCCCGGCGCCAAGACGCCCCUCGGCCACUACUCAACGAACCCCAUGACGGAAAGCCGCCGGCCCCGGUCCUCUCUGAGCAACCACAACGGACAGACACCAUCCGUGGGAAGCAUGUCCAAUAUUAGUGAGGACCAUGACAUUUCCACCCCGACCGUAUCGCGGAUUCCCAAGGAUAUCCGGCGACCCUCCGUCUCGGCUACGCCUUCUGGGAUUAAGAAACGUACCACCAGCGGCAUGUCGGCUAUUCCCACGCCCCGCAGCUUUAAGACGAGCAUCGGGCCGGGAGCCAUGCCUCCACCGAUCGAACGGAAGCAAAGUGACCUUGGAGAGACCUAUUAAAGGGUUCUUUGACAGCGGGUCCUCCUUGUAACGCACGCACUAGUGAAAUACUUGUGGGGGACACACAGAUUAGAGACCGCCGUCUCUCCAUUGAACUUCAAUUCUUUUGGCUACUGUUUUUCUUGAGACAAAUACCUUUUAUUCACCCGAGAGCAUGUGAAUUUGCAUCUACCUCGUUUAGUCGGUUUUACUCGUGCAUCCUUGCCACCACCUGGAUGGUGGUCUGACGGGACCUCUUCUCCAACCUACCCCGUGAUUUGCGUCGUUCUGUAUAGGCCUUUUUUGUUUCUUCUUUGGCGCUCAUGUGGUGGUUUAUUGGGUCUCUCAUCUCUCUACCUACACAUAUCGGGGGGAGGUCCUUGCCUUCCUGGCCUUUUUGUGCUGGAAAAGUCUGGUUUUCACUCCCCCUUUUUUUGAUACGGCCCCGGAUCGACUCC